UCGGGGUCCCGUCCUCCACGUUUCCAGCUUGAGUUAGUCCCGGCCCUACGUUCAAACCUGUUUCUCCAACGCUUCUUCCAGAAGCUCAGACUGUUCUCGGCAGCGGAGGCGGCGCCGGAGCCCCCCGCCCCGACGGCGGCCAUGGGGAGCGUGCGAAGCCACCGCUACAGCAUCGUGUCCUCGGAGGAGGACGGCAUGAAGCUGGCCGCCAUCGCCGCCUUGCCCAACGGCUUCGGCAACGGCAACGCCAAGAAGGUGCAGACGCAGCGGCUGCACCAGAGCCGCUUCGUCAAGAAGGACGGCCACUGCAACGUUCAGUUCAUCAACAUGAGCGAGAAGGGCCAGCGCUACCUGGCCGACAUCUUCACCACCUGCGUGGACAUCCGCUGGCGCUGGAUGCUGCUGGUCUUCUGCUUCUCCUUCCUCAUGUCCUGGCUGUUCUUUGGCUUCGUCUUCUGGCUGGUGGCGUUCUGCUACGGCGACCUGCAGAGCGAGAAACAGAUGUGUGUCUCCAACGUCAACAGCUUCACCGCCGCCUUCCUCUUCUCCGUGGAGACGCAGACCACCAUCGGCUACGGCUACCGCUACGUCACCGAGGAGUGCCCCAUCGCCGUCUUCGUGGUGGUCUUCCAGAGCAUCGUGGGCUGCAUCAUCGACGCCUUCAUCAUCGGCGCCGUCAUGGCCAAGAUGGCCAAGCCCAAGAAGAGGAACGAGACGCUGGUGUUCAGCCACUACGCCACGGUGGCCAUGCGGGACAGCAAGCUGUGUCUGAUGUGGCGCGUGGGGAACCUGAGGAAGAGCCACCUGGUGGAGGCCCACGUGCGCGCGCAGCUCCUCAAGUCGCGCACCACGGCCGAGGGCGAGUUCAUCCCGCUGGACCAGGCGGACAUCGACGUGGGCUUCGACAGCGGCGUCGACCGCAUCUUCCUGGUGUCGCCCAUCACCAUCGUGCACCAGAUCGACGAGCACAGCCCCUUCUACGAGCUGAGCAAGCAGGACCUCCAGACGGCCGACUUUGAGAUUGUGGUCAUCCUGGAGGGCAUGGUGGAGGCCACGGCCAUGACCACGCAGUGCCGCAGCUCCUACGUGGCCAGCGAGGUGCUGUGGGGGCACCGUUUCGAGCCGGUGCUCUUCGAGGAGAAGAACUACUACAAGGUGGACUACUCGCGCUUCGAGAACACCUACGAGGUGCCCAGCACGCCGCACUGCAGCGCCCGCGAGCUGGCCGAGAGGAAGAGCAGCGCCGCCAGCUCCAGGAACUCCUUCUGCUACGAGAACGAGGUGGCCCUGGAGAAGGUGGAGCAGGAGGAGGAGCUGGGGGAGGAGGAGAAGGAGGAGGUGGUGAAGGAUAAGGGGGGGGAGGCGGCGGAGAUCAAGGGGGGCUUUGAGAACGUGGCUCUGGAGGCCAUGGAGAGGGACGACCCCGCGUCGGACUCUGACGACAAUGGGGACUCUGUGCCCCCAGAGGCGAGGCCUUUGAGAAUAGAGUCGGAGAUAUGACCGCAGAGGGGGUUGAUACUACUACCAUAGAGUAUGUUACCGGUCGGAUGAAUGUGGCUCCUAAUUGCUGACUGCAGUCGAGUGUUCACGGACAAAGCUGGUGUGUUUUGUAUGUUCUACUCGCCAGUAUCCCCCAACGAAAACCAAUACCCCCCAUAAUUGAGUCAACGACGACAGAUAGACGGUUCUAUACUUUGGAGCCAUUCGCUUCCGCGUUGUUCCAAAAGUACGUUGUACGUUGACUUAACACACCGUUCCGGUUGCUCUAGUUUGUGACAUCCACGCUACGCUUUCAUUUUAAAACAGCUGUUAAGUGACACACUGGAUGAGAAGUUAUUAAACCCUACUUGUAAACCGUUUCUUAACCAUACCGGCCUUCAUAUUCAAAACAUUUGAUAUGUUAAUGAACUGCGAGGACGGACCAAAGUAACAGAACAACAGUCAAUGUUGUUUUGGCCUCCGGUUGAAGUCUGUGGCACCAGAGAAAGGAAAGGCUCGUGUCUUAAAGGACACUGAGAGGUCCGUGUAGGGUUGGGCGAGGACUAGAGCCCCACCGGUCACGUCCUCUGGGGUUAGCGUUGAACGGCUGAGUCACCAGAGCAUGCGUUCUUUUAUUUAUGGAGAGGAAUUGGUGAGAUGAAUCAAGGAGGCUGUGGAUCCCCUUUCACCGCGGGUGGAAACGAGGGGCGCCCAUCCGUGUCGGUGCAUGUUGUCGUCCUCUUGAGAGUUAGUCUCUGCCGUAGAAUAGAUGAAGGCAUUGAUUUAAACCCAAAGCAUGUAUUUAAAUCUAAUGUCUCAACUGGCCCGUGAUAGAAUAUCAACAUAGCAGUCCGCACCUGUUGUUUUAUUGAUCCCACUAUGUCCUUUGACGAAACCUUCAAAAUGUUCACCUGAGCUUCCUGGUGGUAAUGGCGUAUUCAAAAAAAGAAACAAGCGAAACUCCCAAAAAAUAGAACUACACCAUUGAAUUAAAACAAAAUGAGGCGACCGAUAAUUACCAUCCAAACUCAGUGUACUUGCAUCAAUUCAAUUCAAUUCAAUUUUAUUUGUAUAGCCCUUAAUCACCAUUACAGUCUCAAAGGGCUUAACAGGCCAAAUAUUUAUGACACUGCAUCUUGUGCUCUGAACGAGUCUUAGGUCAGUUAAGAACCCAGUCGCAGGAAGAACCUCCAUGAGAAGGUCUCAAAGCAAAGUUACGAGCCUAUUCCCAUGAAUCCACUGGUUUAUUCUGUGCUAUUGAUCGUUCUUACUCUCAAAUGUGUUCAUCAUGCAUGCAUAGGCGUGUGUGUUGCGAGCGCAUCCCUGCGCAGGCAUGAAUGUGUGCGUGACUGAGCAUGCAUGCAUGUGUGAGUGAAUCUGUUUUUGUGUACGUUUGCACACGUAGACACACUUUAUCUGUCUUUGUGAAGAGAGAGCGGGACGGACAGAGGGGGGAGG